AUGGAGUUGGUGGACUUGGCAAUUAAUGAUCGUAAGUAUACAUGGUUUAGAGGUCAGUCCUACAGUCGUAUUGAUAGAAGCCUAGUUAGCUUGGAAUGGCUAGAUGCGUACCCAGAUACUCGCCUAAGAGGAGGUUCGAGAGGUCUAUCAAAUCAUUGUCCUUUGAUAGUGGAAGAUAGAAGAAUAGCUCAGGGACCAAGACCAUUCCGCAGUUUAGACGCAUGGUUCAUGCAUGAAGGCUUCCUAAAGAUGAUGAAGGAAGAAUGGAGGGGAUUGGGUGAUGUAUGGUUCCUGGAUAAACUGAAGGCGCUGGCAAAACCACUGGGUAGAUGGCACAAACAGUACUUUGGAAAUAUACAUGAGAAGAUCCAAAGGUUUGAGGACGAGAUCAAGAAAGUGGAUGAUAUGGUUAGUAACAGAGUAUAUGAUGGUACAAUAGAAGUAAAAAAGAAAGGCGCUGCAAAAAGAAGAAAUAACCAGAUUGAGUCUUUAGUGAUUAAUAGAAGGUUGGUAAAAAACCAUGCAAGAAUUAAGGUUGCAACUAAAGAUUUCUACAUGAACCUAUACCACCAAGACGAGUCACCAAAUAUCAGUUUUCGAGAUGGUUUAGUUAAUCACUUGGAGAUGGAGGAAGCUCAAGCACUAGAGGUGUUACCGACGGAGGAGGAACUAAAGCAGGCAGUAUGGGACUACGAAUCAUCUAAGGCUCUGAGUAGUGAUGGCUAUAACAUGAAUUUUAUAAAAAGAUGCUGGAGGAUACAUGAUGGAGCAUUAAUAGCAUGUGAAACUGUACAGUGGAUAAAACUGAAGAAGAAGGCAUCAGCUAUUAUCAAAUUGGACUUCCAGAAAGCCUAUGAUAGAGUCAAAUAG